CAUUUACAGUAAAGUGGACUCCAAAAACAAAAAUGGCUACCGAAGUUACGGGUGAUAUCACCCAAAUAACAGAUGAAGAUCUCCUACGACGCAUGUGGCAACAAGCAGAAGAUUUUUCGCGUAAAAAAGAAAUUCGAGCUCAUAUGUAUAAAAUUCGUGAACAAAGAUUAAAAGAUUUUUAUACAUCCGGUGAAGUAUUACGCGAUGUGCAACGUUCAAACAGUUCACCGGGAUUACGAGAAGGAACUCCUACGGAUGGCAUUGGGAAAUCGAACACGACUCAAAGUUAUACUAAGACAACACAAUAUACUCGAGGAGGCGAAUCUGGUCUGACACAUGCUGAUUCAUUAACCGAUCAAAGUUUCCUCUCAUUAAAAAGCAAAGAAAUUCGUGAUUCAGAAUCACCCACACGGGAUAUAUCAUAUCGAACACAAGACAUUGUCCGUCAAGGUGAUCAUGAUUGGAAAAUUCUCACAUCAAAAGAAACAAGUGAAGAUGGUAAAUCACAUUUAGAAUCUCUAAUUGCAACAACAGCAGGAACACGUGAAAUUGAUGGAGGCACAAAUAAAUUUGCUGCAUUAAAAGAGGAAAGUAAAUUCGAAAAAAACGAUGGCGAUGAAAAUAAUUUUUCACGAACUGUUGGUGGCAGUUCAAAAAGCGUAGCCCAGGAACAUUUUGUUAGUGGAGAUGAUAAUAAUUAUCGAACAAGUUCUAGUAAAACAACCUCAUCAAGUUCGCAUGUUGUCAAACACUUUUCAACGAAAUCCGAUGAACCACAGAUAACAUAUGACAGGGAGUCAAAUUUUGGAGAUGAUUAUGAUGAACGAAAAUCUACUAGAGAAGAAAGUCGUACCAAUUACUCAACAAAUCGACAAGUCAUUGACAAUAGUGAAACCGAUCAUUUAUAUCGAAAAAAUAAUCGUUAUCAAGAUGAAAGUUAUACUAACAGAAAUGAUUCCUCAAAUUAUCGCCAAUAUAAACAAGACACAUCUGAAACAAAUCGUAAAAUUAUUGAUACAAAUACAUCACAAUUUCAGCAUGAUACAACCACCGAUAAAACAGUUGAAAAAGAUGGUACAGUUGUUCAGCGUGUUGUUAAAAUUUAUAAAUCUAAUGAUCCAAACUUACCAGAAUAUGCUAAAACUAAUAUUGUAGACGGAACAACUAAAAUUGUAACUGAAACACGUACCAUGCCCGAUGGAAGUUCCGUUACAAAAACUAAAUAUGAAACAGUCGGUUCAAAAGCAUCUUCAGAUAUAUCUUGUGCUCAAUCGAACAAAACAUCAGAAAAUCGACGACAAACGGAGGAAAGAACUUCAAAGAAAUAUGAUAGCCGUGAUACCACUUCAUUAAGAAGUAACAAGGAAAUUGAUGAGAAAACUUCUCGAAAGUAUCAACAAAAUGAAAACGAUUUGAUUGAUAAUAAUAUUAAAUCCACAGUUCGAAUUACACGAACUCAAUAUGAAGACGAAGUUGAUGAUCGGUCUACGAGAAAUAAUCUUCGCAAAUCAGAUGAAACUUCAACUACAGAUAAUGUUCAAAUUAAAACAUCAGUUCAAAGUCACCACAUCGAUAAUACUAGCUCUAAUGAUCAAAACACAGAAUUUAUAAAUGUUGAAAGAACAGUGGAUCAUAGGAAAUCACCGGAUAAGUAUACUUCGUCAAAACGAGAACCGGAAUCGAGCCCGCCUGGUGACGAAACCAAAGUUUCUAAAGAGCAUUACAAAACAACCUAUCAACAAGAAUUUACAAAUAAAAAAAUUUCGGUGGAGGUUAGUCCACAACACGAUGCAUUCGCAAGAUCUUUGCGCACAACUCCUGAUCGUACUUCACCAAAUCGAAGUACAAAAUCUCCAUCGCGUCAAGAUAGAUACGGUUCGAGUGAUACAUUUACUCGAAGUCAGACUGAUAUAACAACAACACGGCGCACAACAAGUCCUCAAAAAGAUUCGCGUUCAAGUCCAACACGAAAGCCAUCAUCAAAAGAAAGUUCUCCAUCGUCUCGACAAAGUCCUGAUCGUAAACCAGAUAGAUAUCGAGAAAGUCCCGAGCGAUCUAUGUAUCCAAGUCGCAUAAAUGAACAAAAAACUGUCACUAGUGAAACUAAGAGAUACACUAAAACGUCAAAAACAUCGCCAAGUCCUGAACGGAAGGAAGAUUCACCAAGAGAAAGUAUUUACACCACUGAUUAUUGUACUGAUACAAUUAAAAAACGUAAACAAAUUACAGAUCGAGAAUCACCUGACCGAACCAGAAAAUCGCCAAGAUCAGAAUCCCCAUUAAAGUAUUCUCGAGAUAAAACCAGUCCCGCAAAAUCUCCAUCAAAAUCUCGUUCGAGUCCAACCAAAGACUUUCCAUCUAAAACCCCAUCCUCCAGAGAAUCAAGCCCAAACACUGAUACAUUUACUCGACCACGAAAAACAAGCCCAUCUAAAGAAACUCGAGAAUCAAGUCCAAAUACAGACACAUUUACUCGUCCAAGAAAGACAAGCCCAUCCAAAGAUUUUUCAAAAGAGCCUAGCACAAAUACGGAUACAUUUACUCGAAGAGGAAAAUCAAGCCCUACAAAAGAACAACCUAAAGAGUCUAGCCCAAACACGGACACAUUUACACGACCUAGAAAAUCAAGUCCUUCCAGAAACGACAAAAAUUCAGAACCUAAAAACUAUCGCCCGCAACCAGAUGCUGAUGAAGAUGAUAUCGGAAUCAAAACAAUAGAAUCAUCCAGAAAUACUGAAGCCACACAAGAAACUGUAACUACUACAGUUGAUACGAAACGCAGGACAUCUGGGGGCAUUUUGAAGAACACAAAAAGACCAUCAGAAGAUAAACCUGAACCAGAGCCAUAUCAGGAAACAACAAUAAUUACAACUGAUAUUAAUUAUGUGUUACCAAAUACUCAAAUUAUAACCGAUUUGGAUUCAAAUGAAACCAUAACAAUUACUAUACAACCUGAAGAACGUCCUUCAACCUUAAACUUAGAAGAGACGAACUACAUAAACGAAUUAAUACUAAAUGAACGAAAUAUGGAAAUUAGAAAUCAAACUACCGCUUAUUCUCCUGAACCAAAACCCAUCCCGGGUAAGGAUGCCCUAAUUUCACCAAAUCCUGAUGAAUCAGCUCCGUGUGAAUUUUUGGUUUCUCCAAAAGAACCAGAGCCAAAAUCAAGUGGUCCGGUGUCACCAAAAAAAGAUCGCCCACUACGUCGAAAAGAUACGUAUGCAGAUAAAUGCGCUGAAUUGCUUGGUUUAGUGAGUACUAAAAAGGAUAGUACAGAAAUUGUUGAGACAAGCAAGACAAUUAAAACGAAAGUAGAAAACACAACGGAUUUUAUUACAAAUGAAAAACAGAAUAUUGAAAAGACAACUAGUGAAAAGGAAGUUCAACGCCAAUCUCCAAAGACCAGCCCUGAACGAAAAUCACCAUCUAAAAAAUCCCCAAGUAAAGAAGUUCCAGAUAAAAGCAAAAAAGGGCCAGAAGUUCAAGAAUUCCCAGCACAGCGUCGAUCACCUACAAGUAGCCCUGAACGAAAAUCACCUUCUAAAACACCAGACAUUUCUAAAAAAUCCCCAAGCAAAGAAGUCCCAGAUAAAACUACAAAAGGACCCACCGUACAAGAAUUUCCUGCACAACGUCGAUCCCCUACAAGCAGUCCUGAACGAAAAUCACCAUCCAAAACGCCUAACGUUUCUAAAAAAAGUCCAAGUAGAGAAUCUCCGGAUAAAUCUUCUAAGGGGUCAAUACAAGAAUUUCCAGCACAGCGACGAUCUCCGACGAGUAGUCCUGAACGAAAAUCACCUUCUAAAACAUUUGAUGUUUCAAAAAAAUCUCCAAGUCCAGAUAAAGGACCAACAGUACAAGAAUUUCCUGCACAACGACGAUCACCUACGAGCAGUCCCGAAAGAAAAACAUCAAGAAACAUUCCAGACGACAAAAUUUCUCCUAUAGCUAAUAAACAACCCAACGAACCGUAUAAAAAGACAAACUUACAAGAAUUUCCUGCUCAAAAACGUUCACCUGAAAGUAGCCCAGAUAGAAAAACAUCGACCAAUCAAGAAAUAAACGUCACAACUACAAACAUUACAAGAAAAUCCAGUCUCAAAAAACCGAAGGAUACUAAUGAAGCUGCUCCUACAAACAAACAAUACCCAACGCGUCCUUAUGAUGCCAGUCCAGAUCGAAAAACUUCAGAAUAUUCCUCAUGUGACGAAACUACAGUGGUUAAUAGAAAAUCCAGUCUAAAAAAAACAAAGAUUCAAGAUACAGUGAGGAAAUCGCCAACAAAAGAAACUCCAAAUGCACGUCAAACACCUGACAGUAGUCCAGAUAGACAAUCGCCCCAAAGAAAAUCAAGUUUGAAAAAACCAAAAACAUCUGUUACAGAGUUUAUAUUAAAUGAGCAAAUGAUUAUUGAACAAAAUUCAAAAGAGGCUGCUAAGAAAAUUUAUAAGUCUGAAGAUAUUACAGAUGAAAGUGACACAGACAGUGAUAAUGAAGGUGGCGAUAUAAGUGAAAGCGAAUCUUAUAAGUAUAUAAAAAAUAUCGAAUCAGAAUAUUUCCCAGAAAAUGGAAUUGAAACAGUUCUCACAACAAAACAAACAACAGAUUUCAAUGAAACUGAUUUUAUCACAGCAACAGUAACAACCGAAACAGUCACUAGUAAAAUUGAUAAAGAGAUAAAACGUCCAUCAACACCAUCUAAAAUACCUACGAAAAAAACACCUGAUUCAAGUCCAGAUCGUAAAACUAAUCGCAAAACACCUACAAAUGCUACGAGUCCUGAUCGAAAAACAACAACUUAUAAUUUAAUUCGUAAUGAACGAAUUCAAAGUAAACAAUCACCUGAAUCUAGCCCUGAUAGAAAAUCAACUAAAAAAAUUCCCGUAAAAUCUCCUCAAACAACAGAAAAGAAAACACCAGCUACGAAACCUUUGACAAAACAAAGUUCAAAUAAAGAAAUUCCUGCAAGAUCAGCUCAACCAAGUCCUGAUAGAAAACCUGUAUCAAAAACUCCAAGCCGUUCAUCAAUUAAAACACCCGAACAAUUAGCUAGUGGAAAAAGCUCACCUACUAAGUUUUCAAAAUCUCCAAGUGAUACUAAACGACCAUCUAUUUCAUCGCCCACUCCAAAAGCGACAAGUGUGAGUCCAAAAACAACUAAAACUACACCAAGUAAACCUUUACCAAGAAGACAUACUGAUGAAAGUUUAACGGGUAAAACUCCUACUAAAUCGCAACCCAAAACUAAAGGUACUGUUCGAACUGUUACGUCGACAAAAAUAACAAAAACUACAUCUGUUUCUCCAGUAUUGAAAAAAACGAUGAGUAAUAUCGACAAUAAACCCAAGAAGAAACAACCAAACAAAGCUACGACAGAAACUGAAUCUGAAAAUGAAGAAUAUUCCGAUAUCGAAUUAAACGAAGAUGGAUCUUUAAUAACAAAUGUAUCCAUUUUAGAUGCAGAAGAAUUUACCAACGACACUACUACGGUUCAAAAUCACAAAACUGUUAUCUCCGAAACCAAAACAUACACAAGUGAUUUGAAAAUUAAUAGAAACGGUUCACAAAAAUCUCCCGUUACAAUUAAAAUAAAACCAGAAGAAAAUACAACGUCCAAACGACCAUCGACUCCAAGUAAUAAGAUUCCUGUACGUAAAACACCCUUAAAUAAAAAGAAGCCAGACAUUAAAAUUGCAACAAAAACUAUCACUUUGACAGAUACAAAUACUGAGCAAAUUGUUAUAGACAUUCAACAAUCAAAAUCAUCCAGAGAACCUUCAUCUGAACAUGUUUGGCCAUGUCCAGUUCCAAACGAUACAGAUACUGGUAAACCAAGAUAUCCAGAUAAUGUUUGCGAACCAGAUGAUCAAAAUACAAAGAAAUUCAAAGUAACAGAUAUCCCAUUAACUGAAGGCGAGGAUGUUGAUUUCAAUCAAAGUAAAAUAACAGAUGUUACAGAUGAAUAUCCAGAAAAUUAUAUACCAAAAUCAAUUCGAAUCACGGAUGUUGAUAAAGUACAAGAAACUGAUGAAAGUUUAUUAAGUGUAUCUGAUAAAGUUUCUAAAUUUUUACAUACUGCAGAAAAAUUGACGAAAACUUCAAAGAAAGAUACAUCAACGCCAGCUCCAAAAGUAACUCGACCAGAAUUAAUAAUUGACGACGAAACACUUAUAUCAGAUGAAUGUUUAUUAAGCGUUUCUGAUAAAGUUAAUAAAUUCUUAACAACAGCUGAACAAUUGACAACUACUACUAUAACCUCAACUGAAAGACCAAAAUCACCAAGAUGUCGUAAUUACGAAGAUAAUGAAGAAAAUUACAUUGUGGACGAAACUGAUGAAUGUCUUUUGAGUGUUACAGAUAAAGUCAAUCGUUUUACUACAACUGUUGAACAAGUUGCUAGUAAUAAACGAUCUUCUGAUUCGAAACCAGCUCCAAAAGUGGAACGUCCAGAUAUAAUAGACGUAAAUGAAGAAUUACGAGAAGAUGAAUGUUUACUAAGCGUUUCAGAUAAAGUUAAUAAAUUUUUAACUACUGCUGAACAAUUAACUACUACUACUACUACAACUAAAACAACUAGCUCAACUCAAAAAGAAACUGAACCCAAAUAUAAACCACAAGAAAAAGAACCCACUACGAUGCGGCAAGAACCAAAACGACAAUCACCUAUUCGUCGUCCACCUCUGGUUACUGAAUCCGAAGUUACUACGAAAACAACAACUCUUACUAAGCAAUUACCAAAUGAAAAUGAAAGUCCCAAAAAAAUAUACGAAACUCCCAAAGCACCACGAAGUAGUGAGGCUGUCCGUAAAGCAAAGGCAAUCUUUGAAAACAUAAAUAACACACAACAAGAAAAUGUGAAUAAACGAAAUGUAAAAACUUGGGAAACGAAAAAAGUGUCUACAAAAGAUGAAUCUACAAAACUUACGGACAUUGGGGUAUAUAAAAAACAAGUUGACGAUAAAAAAGAUGAAGUAGUUUCAAUGCGAAAAGAAUCUUUACCAAAAACAGAAAUUACUGUGCAACGUAAGGAAUCUUUGCCAAAAACCGAAAUUACUUCUCAGCGUAAAGAAUCUUUAUCAAAAACUACUAAAAAUAUCCAAGAGGAUACAUCGCUCAAGAGUACGAAGUUAAUUUUGAAUAAACCUAGUUCUACUGUUCCAACAAGUCUGGAUGAAAAACCGGAAUCACCUGUUGAAAAGUAUAAAAAACUAAUUAGUAGUAAAAAUGAAGUAAAUGAUUAUAAACGACCAGUUACGCCUAAAUUUGAAACAAAACGUCCUAGUAGCCCACAAAAACCACAAGUGAACGGUACGGUUAAAGAAGAUAUAGAACUUACCAAGAAAAAGCAUACACCUAUUCAGGAAACUAAGCCCAGGCAACGUUCUAUUAGUCCUUUAAAAGAUACAACACCGAGAAAAUCAAUCGAGGAACCGGUUAUUACUAAGAAAGAAAUCUCUCAAUUAGAAGAAGUUAGUACUACAAAACAAACUAAAUUCGGCGUCGUAUUAAAACGAACGGAUUCAGGACGAACAAUCAUGACGACAGAGCAACGAAGGCGUAGUAUGUCAACAGAUCCCAAAGAUCCAAAUCAUCAACCUUGUAUUGAAGAUAUUGAAGACUUGGGUUUGUUAGAACAGAUGUUAGAAAAAGUAAGUGGUUAUGAACAACGUCGUAGAAUUCGAGCACAAAUUAGAGUAGUCAAAAAGUUAAUUCAAGAAGGUAAAAUAAGCAGUUCCACAACCACAAAACGAACUACAGUUUCACCUAUUAGGAAAUCACCUGAACGGAAAAUAUUAACAUCCAAAGUAGAAAACACUCCUCGACAGGAAUCAACGGAAUACAAUGAAAAGUCAUACAUGCGUCAAACACUCACCUCGGAGAAAAAAGUGAAUAAAGUUACGGAUGAAGAUGUAUUACAAGGAUCCACAACACGAACGUCUAUAGAUAAUACAACUACCAAUUUCAACAAAAAAAUGCGCAGUCCUAGUCCAAAACAAAGAUCACCAAGUCCACAAUAUCGUACACCAAAAGUAACAGACUAUUCGCAACCAACGGCAGCGUGGACUUCGAGAACCACAACCAGUACAACUACUAAUAUUAUAAAGAAAGCACGUAGCCCUAGUCCAAAACAACGAUCACCAAGUCCAAGCCAACAAAAUCGACCUUCAAAAGUAAUAGAUUAUUCACAACCAACUGCAGCCUGGUCAUUAAAAUCCACAAAUAGUCGAACGGAUUUCAAGAAAAUUGUACCAAAACAAAAACCACAAACAGACGAACAACCUGAAUGGGUAACACAGAAAAUAUUACGAAAAGUAGAUAGAAAUAAUACUCAAACAACAACACAAACAAAUCAAAGGCGUGUGACCACAUUAAGCGAAUUAAAAUCAAAAAAAGAUGUUCCUAAAGAAUAUGAAUCUAGUCCAUCAACAAAAGACAUUGAACCUACGGAAUGUAUUACAUCUAGUUAUGGUGUAGGUCCCACUGAUGAAAUUGGUCGACCACUUUUUGGUCUCAAAGCACUAAGACAUCAAUCCUCAUUUAAUGAAAAAACACAAGUACGUGGAACAGUGGUAUCAAGUUCAUAUUAUUCUGAAAAUGGAUCUGAGCCUGUAGGCGAGGUCACCGUAACACAAUAUUCAUCAGAUCCAAAUGAACUAGGUAUAGACACCUCAAGGAAUAAACAACGUUUACAUGGUCUAGCUGCAAUAACAACAACGCAAAAGUUUGGCAGAAAUUCACCGGCUGCUGUUAGUAACACGCGAACUACUCCAUUAAAAGCAAUCACCACCGGAAAUAAGGAGACUGAAAAUAAUGACAUAACAAACGAUGUAAUUAGUAAAACAGUGACAUCACGGAUAACGAGACGUGGAUCUGUAAAGGAAAUGUCUAAAAAGUUCAUUGAAAAUGCAGUCGAAUCAGUACAAACCGAACGAAAAUCUUCAUAUCCGAAAGCUGGUCUAAUAUUAAGAACAUCAAGUUUUAAAGAACAAAUUGCGGGCAGUGAUUUUGAUAGUCGAGCUUCAACGCCAGGUAUGAAUGAAUUUAGUAAAACAAUCAGCUUAGAGUCAAUGGAAUCAGCUAACGAAUCAAAAACUACUCGACGGACUGAUAGUAAAACUUUCCUAAAUUCACAAACAAGAGUUACUGGUGUACAGGAUGUAAUAAGUCGUAUGAAAAAUUCUACUAAUGAUAGUGAACCUGGUGAAUGUGCCGAUGAUGCUGAAGCUCGAGCAUUAUUAAAUAAAUUUUUAGGAGCACAAGUUUUAAUGACUGGUAUGGAAUCCAUGAUGGGUAAACAACAGCAAUCAACGACGGUUGAACGGCGUAGUAUUGUAACGUCUUCAAAAUCAACGUCUAAACAGGAAUCAAAUACUCCACAAGUAAGUUCAUCAAUAAGCCAUUUCACACGUCCAGUCACAUUAGCUGAUAUUGAAAAUAUUUGGGACGAGAGUAUACUCAGACUUUUGUUAACAACAAGUACAAGUUACGAAGAACGUCGAAUAAUUCGUGCAAGACUUCGACAAGUUAUGGCUGAACAAGAAGCAUGUGCAAACAUCGUGGCUAGCAUGGUUGCUGAAACAAAAGCAACAGAACUAUCCGGGAUGGAUGGCACAACGAACACAACAUCAACAACCAAUCGUCAUAGUAUUCAGGAGCAAGUUGAGACAACCAAAAAAACGGUACAAGAAGGACCCACAACUACUACUGAAGUUACUACCACUCGCAUUACAACUCAACGUUCAAAACCAGUGUCUCCAUUUCAAAAAUUCCGACAGCUAGACAAACAAAAUAGUUUGUCUUCGUCAUCGUCGGCUCCAAAUUCUCCUAUGACACCAGGUGGAGCUGGUGGCCAGCCUCUGUUUAAAUUCACUGAUCCUACGCUAAGAAACAGCGCUUCGACUGUCAAAGAUCGUCUACUGUACUGGUGCCAAGUGAAGACUAAGGAAUACAAGAACGUUCAAAUAGAAAAUUUUUCAACAAGCUGGGCAGAUGGAUUAGCAUUUUGUGCCUUAAUUCAUCAUUUCCGACCGGACGCAUUUGAUUAUGAUGCUUUAACACCUCAACAGCGUCGUCAUAAUUUUGCACUCGCUUUUCGAGUAGCCGAUGAGAUAGCAGGAAUCGCACCGCUUUUGGACGUUGAAGACAUGGUAAUGAUGCGAAAGCCCGAUUGGAAAUGUGUAUUCACUUAUGUACAAAGCAUAUAUCGCCGAUUUAAAGACGAAGAAAUUUAAAAAAAGAUUUCAAUUUUAUAUUUUAUGUAAAAAUUUUGACGUGUUUUUUUUUUUGUACUUUUAUAUGUUUUGUAUUUUGCGAAUAAGGCUAUUAUAAAACGACAUAAAUCUUCUAUACUGCUCAGCUCAUAAAAGUUUACUCACUCUGAGUAUACUUAUUUUCUAUUGUUUAAUAUUUUUGAACAUGCGCGCAAAUGUAACAAACAAACUAUACGUAUUUUAUAUAAUUAUUGCUUAUUUAUUAACUAUUAUUGUUGUAUAUUUAGGAAAAAAAUUGUUUUCUUCAGUUUUACUGUAACUUAAUUUAUCACUGGAGAAAAACCCAAAAGAAAUGAAUAUGAUUCCUUUCUAACCCAUUUGACAUCACCCGUGUCAAAUUAAAUUUUAUGACUUUAUAAUUAUUAAGUUUCAAUUCUGCUUUCUUGACAAAAAAAAAACUAUUUACAAUUUUUCUGUUAUAUAUCCCCCUUCUCCUUAAAGCUUUACAAGUGUAUAAUUACUUAUAAAUAAUAUAUUAAAAAAGUUAUAUUUUGUAUAAAAAAA